AUAAUUAUUAAUUAUAUUCAACAAUGAAAUCAGACGGAACUUAAUUGAAUUUUAUAGUGAUAAAAGCACAAGGAUUGAACUUGGCUGUACCCAGACAAAUACAAUCAGAUAUCUUUAAUAAUUGGGCUUCUUUUUUUAGUACAUUUUCCACGAUUUUGACUUGGGAAAGUAUGGUUCUGAAAAUGGGGUUGCCAAUACUUUGCCCUCACACAGUUGACGAUUAGGAUUAUCUGAUGGGUCGAUUUCUACGCAGAGAAUGGGUAAGGAGUAGGACCCAUUUUGGAAUAUGAGAGUGAUAAAGUGUGAAAUGAGAAGGACCUGAUCUGACAUCAAAGAUACUUUUUGUUUUCGGAAGUGAAUCUGGGCUUCCUCUGUGAAGCCCAAUCUUUUUUUUUUUUAAAUCCAUUUAAUGGACUCUUUCAUAGCAGAUGCUGCAAUGGGGUGGCGCUGAGGUAUCAAACGUGGCUGGGGAGAUAUCUUUGCUGGCUGGGCUGGGCCUGUGGGCAACAUCCUUCCCUCGCAUAAGGCGAAAAAUGUUUGAGCUCUUCUUCUAUGCUCAUCAUCUCUACAUUCUUUUCAUGAUUUUUUUUCUCCUGCACGUUGCCAUCUCUUUUUCCUGUAUUAUGCUCCCUGGAUUUUACCUUUUCUUGGUCGAUCGCUACCUGAGAUUCUUACAAUCUCUUCGAAGAGUUCGUUUAGUUUCAGCCCGCAUUUUACCAUGUGAAACUUUAGAAAUCAACUUCUCUAAAACCCCAGGUUUGAGUUAUAAUCCAACCAGCGUUCUGUUUAUAAAUGUGCCUAGCAUUUCUAAGCUGCAAUGGCAUCCAUUCACUAUCACUUCUAAUAGCAACUUAGAACCGGAGAUAUUGAGUGUUGUGCUCAAAAGUGAAGGAACUUGGUCCAAGAAGCUGUACCAGAUGCUUUCAUCACCUUCCUCAAUUGAUCGUCUUGAAGUUUCAGUCGAAGGACCUUAUGGACCUGCUUCAACUCAGUUUCUAAGGCACGACACUCUUGUGAUGGUGAGUGGAGGCAGUGGAAUUAGUCCUUUCAUAUCUAUAAUUCGAGAACUCAUCUUUGCAGCCACAGCAUACAAAUGCAAGACUCCACAAGUAAUCCUAAUUUGCUCAUUCAAGAACUCUUCAGACCUAACCAUGUUAGACCUGCUACUUCCAGUAGCUGGUACCCCAUCAGCAAUUUCCAAUCUGCAAAUAAAAAUUGAAGCUUAUGUAACGAGAGAGAAAGAACCCUCGUUCAAUAACUCGAAACUCCUUCGAACUAUAUGGUUCAAACCCGACCCAACUGAUGGACCUGUUUCAGCCAUUUUAGGCCCCAAUAGCUGGCUCUGGCUUGGCUCCAUAAUAUCAUCUUCUUUUAUCAUUUUCCUCAUCAUAAUUGGCCUUAUUACCCGCUAUUAUAUUUAUCCUAUCGAUCACAACACCUGGAAAGUUUUCUCAUACUCUUUCCGAUCUUUUCUGAAUAUGUUAGUAAUAUGCAUAUGCAUAGCCACGACAGCAAGUGCAGCCGUUUUGUGGAAUAAGAAACAAAAUGCAGGGGAAGCGGAUCAGAUUCAGAACCUUGAGGAAUCCAUAUUAAGUAGAACAUCACCUGCAGGCUCAUGGUUAUACGAUGCUGAGAGAGAAUCGGAAAGUCUCCCUCAUCAGUCUCUUGUCCAGGCCAUUAACGUGCACUAUGGUGAAAGACCUGACCUAAAGAGAAUACUAGGUGAUUGCAAAGGACCAAGUGUGGGAAUUCUUGUUAGUGGUCCGAAAAAGAUGAGACAUGAGAUUGCAACAAUUUGUUCAUCUGGAAUGGCAGAUAAUUUGCACUUUGAGUUCCUUAGCUUUAUCUGGUGAUCUCAUCUUUGCAAUUUUCUCCUUCUUUUUCUUGUGUGUGUGUGGACGUUUAGCGGAAGACCCUGAACAAGUUCAAACCCUUGAUCCAGUUUCAGUCGGCUCUGAUACAAGUCACUUUACGCAGCACUAAGUUUCUGGUUUUGUAAUUUGUAGCGUUUGUAUACGUGUAAAAUUACAGUGCGAUUGGCCGUAUAAAAUCUAGUCGUGUUGUUCA